GAUAGCAAUCAAACCGGGUACCAUACCCUGCUGCAAAGUUGAGGGAUAAUUUACACGAACCUAAGGGGGCUCCGCCUUCCUCCUCAUCCCCCUCCCCUUUAAAUCCACUUCUGUCUUAUCACACAAAAAAGUCUGUAGACCCAUCUUGUCUAACAUUAUUCCAUCUUUCAUUCUUACUAAAGCAGCCUGUUCGGCUGCUGCGAUAAGAGAGAGUGUGUUGCCAUCCUAAGCGUCAUCCUUCCUCCCUCUCCCUUCUUGUUUUGUUGCCUUUUUUUGCUGUCACCGUGGCUUAACUUAAGGGCUCAGUGCACAGUGUCACCCUUCCUCCCUGCUCUCUUCCCUCCUCAAACCGUCGCAAUUUUGGGGGACCUUAUCCUUUUUUCUUCGUAUUCUUCCUCCUUUGUUUGCUAAAUCACAUAUCCGACGUCACCCCCCACUACGGGAAAGAAAAAGGAAAAGAAAUCGCCGGUACCAGCAUGUUCCGAGGAUGGCUCGGACGGGGUGGCAGCGGAGUACCUGUGAUUCACUCGACUUCUUCACAGUCCCUAAAUGCUCUAGAUGAGCCGCAAGCAUGUUUGUCCUAAUGAGAAAGCUUGCUUAUCCCCAGUGUGCAAUAUUUUCUUUAGCUAAUGUAAGAUUCUUGCAAAAAUAUUAGUGGAACAAGCUUUGAGGGGUAGUGCAGUUUUCCUCUCUCCCCCCUAAGUCGUAUUCGCAAAGGCAGCUUUUCACUGAUUUUGCGUCUUCAGCAAUGGAUCUACUCAUGGAUGAUGAUGUCGCUGGUGCUGAAAAAGCAAUUGCGGAUGGGAGUUCAAGCUUUCAUAAGGUUGGCCUCUCACCACCCCACUCUCUCCCCCUUAUCACUCACGUGCUCUGGACUUUCUCCUUUUCUCUUCAUUACGGGGCUGGGUAGUAAUGCGGUUCGCUAGCUCGCCGGGGGAGUGAUAGGCUUUUUGCGAGCAAGUUUAGGAUUUGAACCAGAAGUUAUGAAAGAAGGUUUUAUUUUACUACGAAUUUCCUGAGGAAAAAAAAAUUAAGGGCCUAUUCGGCGCGUGCCAAUAGGAGUAUACCGCGAUAUUUUUGAAAACAGCAUAUUUCUUAAUACACACAACAAGCUGACUUCAAACAAAAACUAACACCAUAGCUAAGUAGAAAGGUACCUCUCUACAUAUUCUGAUCAAAUUUGAAAGCAGCAUGAGGCCUAGUGCUCGAGGAGUAAGGAAAAUGUGCUGCUGGGAGACGUUUCACCUGGUGUAGCGCAAUAUUUCGCUGCGUCGCCAUUUCCCUUACUCCCUAAUCUUUAGGACUCUUGCUGCUUCUUCCCUCGCACAUAAUAAGUGGAGGAGCACCCUGUGCUUGACUGUGGUAUCGAUCUCUGCCUUGGAGUUAGCUUGUUUUGAGUAUUAGGAAAUGUGCUGUUUUCAAGAAUAUCGCAAUAUACUUUUAUCGGUCCGCGCCGGAUGGGACCUAAAAAAAUUUCAGAAUAUGGGUUGACGUUUGGAUUUUUGCCCGGCUGUUUCUUUUCAUGCGCACAGCUUCCGAUAGGCUUGCGGAUGCGGAAGGCUCGGCGGAUAGGGAUCAGAAGAGAGCAGUUCGGGAGAAUACUCAGCGAUCGUUGUUCCCGCCCGGUACGGAGUUCGCCCUGGCACAUGCCGAGUCUCAGUUGAUGUCUGCGGUUGUGGGAGUGUUGUCAGAAUCAGUGGUCGAGUCUAUGAAGGCUUUUUACAAGAUGAGGAGUGCGUAUAAGACUUUGGAAGGGCUACAAGUGCAUGUGUCUGGUCCUAAUACUCCUCCGGCACGAUUGGAUUGGAUGGGCGGGAGUAAGGUUAGCUUGCCGGAGUCUCUGAAGGCUCCUGAAAAGGGGUCUGGCUGUGGUAGUAACACCUUAAAUACUGGAAUGGCUGGCUUGGAUGUGAGACCGGCGUCGGCGGGUGAAGUGUCUCCAAGGAAUUCAAGCACCGGUGAUCGGCCGGCUAAGUCUCUGGGCUCCCAGUAUAAUUUGGUGGAUAAGUUUAUCAUCUCCGGGACAAACCUGUGUUUUGGAAUGUUACUGCUUAUCCUUGGGAUGGUGCCGCCUAGCAUGAAGAGGAUCAUGGCAAUUGUUGGAUUUAGGGGCGGUAAGAAUCCCGUCUAUCCCUCCAUCGUUGGUGAAUGGUUUUACUGACCCCCUGAUAUCAGACCGCGAAAAGGGCACCGAAAUGCUCUGGGAAGCUGCAAAAUUUGACAACAUCCAUGGCGCCAUCGCGGUACUUACAAUUCUCCAGUACUAUGGUAACAUGGCUCAAUUCUCAGAUAUCACCCCCGGUGACAACCAUCCUUCCGGUAUUGGCUAUCCGGCCGAUAGAUGCCGUGAGGCGCUGGGGCGGAUUAGGAGGCGGUAUCCUAAUGCUGCGCUUUGGAAACUUGAGGAGGCGAGAAUGGAAGCCGUCAAAGGUAACCUUGAGGGUGCCGUAACGAUGCUGUCCAUUUCAGUUGUCACUCAGAUGAAGUACUGCCCGUGCAUUCCCCUGGGCCGAGACAUCGGGCUUAUUUGAUGAAGGCAGGUUGAGGCAUUGAUACUAUUUGAGAAAUCUUUGAACCAGAUGUUUCUACACCGAUAUGAAGAUGUUGCGGAUGGUUUCAUCAAGGUUUUCCUCCUUGAGUGAUACCUCCUGAAUGACACUAAUGGGUGUUAGCUCACGAUGCUAAAUAACUGGAGCCACGCCCUUUAUAAUUAGUAAGCGAUCACGAAUUCGCUGUGGGUUUAGAGCGGGUGUUAAUUUGCUAGUUUCGCGGCCGUUUGCUACAUUGAAUUAUAUAGGCAAGCUAAGGCAUCUGAUGCUGAAAAGGCGGUAUGUAUCCUAGAAAUAUACAUUUUAAUUUUAUACUAAUUGAGGACUAGGAGGGCUGGGCUAAAAAGGCAGAAGAUUUGUUCGGGAGGAUACCAUCUCUCAUGGGCAAGAAGCGAUUCAUGGGCCAGGGUCUUCCCGUGGAGGUCUUUGCGGAUAAGAAGAUCAAGAAAUGGGUUGUUAGAUCCAAGGAGAAGGGUAUCAGGCUUGCUGAUGCUGUUGGUGUCAGCCCGGUUGAGGAGAUGAUGUUCUUCUGGGGUGGAUACGGGCGAAUGGACCAGGAAAAUCUCCAGAAAUCCCUUCAGGCACUACAAUACCGGGGGAAUCAGGAUAUGGAAAGCGAGGUUAUCGAUGAGCAAGCUAUUCGCUGGCUCUUGCUUAGUGCAGUCGUGAGGAGUGCUGGGCAGUGGGAAAAAGCGAGGGGAUAUCUUGAAAAGAUCGAGAAGGUUGACAGAACCCAGUUUCGGGGGGCUUUAGUCAAUGACUACAUGAGUGCUUCCCCCUCAAUAGCCAUAAUGGUCGCCACAGGUAACUGACACAAAGCAGUGCCCGCAGCGUACUACGAACGCGCAGUCGGAAUCUGGAAAGAGGCCAAAGAGCACAAGCCAGAAGAACUGGCGGAGAUGAGAGUCUUACUAGACAAAGCCGCAAACUACGGGGCCUUCGAGCUUGACGCUAGGAUCGGAAUGCGAGUGACGACGGCUCUAGACACUAUCACGAGGUAUGAGGUGUGGCUCAACGAGCAUAAGGAGACUGGAAUCACAGGGAAGGCACCGAAGGAGCCGGAGGUGAACUGA